AUUGUUUAUGUUUUGUUCAUCUAUUUUGUUUAUCUUCUCCCAUUAUUUCUGUUUUUUCCAUUACAGAAAAGGUUUACAUGGCCCCCAACUUUGAACGACAUGGUGCGACGCAACUUUGAAAAACGGAGUGAUUUACCAAUGUCACAUACAUAAUCAUUCUCUAUGGAAUUGAGUGUGAGUGGUGUUAGUGGAUUAGAUAAUUUUGAUGCGAAGAAGUUUGGAACAUUUUCUACAGAUCAACAAACAAGAGAAUUCAUGAGGAAUCGGUUUUUGCCGGCUGCAAAGGCUAUGACAAUACAACCUUCUCAAUAUUCUUCAAAAAAGCAAUCUGUAGUGAAGAAUUGGUUCAGAAUGCAAAGAAGCCCCUGGUUAAUAAACACACCACUGAUAUUAUACCAUAUACUGGUCAAGUUCAAGACGAUGAAAGUGAAGAUGAAGGUGAUGUUUAUGACAAUGACAAUUCUGCGAGUAUGUUGAGUAAAGGAUGUGGUUUGUUACCUAAUUUACAUAUUAGGAAUUCAUUGUCCUUGUUAAAUCAUGUGGCUGGAAUUAAAAUGAAGAACCAAGGUCCCUUGAUUUCUGCUUCUGAGGUUGGAAAAACUAACAAAAGCUCUCAUAUUAGAUCUUUUAGUCCAGUUCCAGCAGUAAAGAAGGCUUGGGAAGCAAUUCACAAGAACAAGUCAAGCAAUGUAGUUGCACCGCCUGAGAUGCAAGAAGGAAAGAAGAAAUGGAGCAUUGAAUCAAACAGGUUUGGUUUUUCGGGCGAGUUGCUUCCAGGUAGACUCUCUCCCUUCCGGCGUUCACGAGCUGCUGCUGCAGGCAUAUCUCCCUGCAGAAGUAAACCACAAUCUCCAUUUCAGGGCGUGAAGUUGCUCGGUGAUGCUAAAGAAACUGAAAUCAAUAAAUCAGGCAAUUUGAAAUUCUACAGCACUGGACUUGGUAAAGUACAAGGGGUUCCAAACCAAGGAGCCAAAAGAAGUUCAUAUUUAGGAAGUUUGGCAAUUGAAAAGACAUUGUAUAUAGACAUUAUAUCAUGUUUGAUUUGAAAACAUGAUAUAAAUUUUGUUUUGGAUUAUUGCAAUAGUAUUUCAAUUGAAGAUUAA